UUAUGGUUUAAAAUAUCGAGGUUAGAAAAUAAGUUUUGUAGGUUAAGACUCUAUUCUUCAAACGUUAAUUCCUGAGUAUUCGGAAGUUAAUUCCUGAGUAUUCGGAAGUUAAUUCCAGAGUAUUCGGAAGUUAGUUCCGGAGUAUUCGGAAGUUAAUUUUGGAGUAUUCGGAAGUUAAUUUCAGAGUAUUCGGAAGUUAAUUCCGGAGAAUUCGGACGUUAAUUCCGAAGUAUUCGGAAUUUAAUUCCGGGAUAUUCGGAAAAAUCUUAUUUCCUAAUUUGACGGAUGUAAAACGGACAAAGGUCUAUGGGAAAAAGGAUGAGAAACUGGCUCGGGACGCAGGGAUCUCCUUCUCGAUCAAUCAGAUCGUUGGACUGCCGAUGGACGAGUUUAACGAUCUUUUGAGCAGACACGAUCUCACCGAGGAGCAACUUAAUCUCUGCAGGGAUAUAAGGAGAAGAGGGAAGAAUAAAGUUGCGGCACAAAACUGUAGAAGAAGAAAACUAGAUCAGGUUGAGGAGCUUGAGAAGAGACUUAAAACAGCAAGGGAAAAACGAGCUGUCGUUAUUUCAAAACAUCAAAGAAUGCUCCAAGAGUAUGGAAACCUUGCCUGUCAAGUUGAUGAGAAACUAAACGAAGCUUUAAUAAAAAAUAAUUGCGAUCCACACGAAUACACAAUACAGAAUAUUCACGGAGAGCUGAAAAUAACUCGGAAACAGAAUCCUCACCUAGAACCAGAAGGGUCUAUUAGACCCAAACCAAUUGAACAGUUCUAUCUUAAAAACAAUACUUACAACAGCUACCAAACUCCAGUGGUGUACUACCAUUGAUCUAUGAUCAUUGGCCUAAAGAGACAGUAGAUAUGAUUUCAAGGUACCCCCUCCCAUUUAAUCUUAUCCCUGCUGGGGUAUUUAAAAACCAGGAUGCGCUAGGGGGGGUCAAUUCGACCCUUCCCCCCUCUAAA